AAGAGGAAGAAAAUCCAAAACACACGGAAAUCCAGAAAAUGAUGGAUUCCCUCUUCCUAAAGUUAGAUGCCCUUUCAAAUUUCCAUUUUAUACCCAAACCAGAAAAGAACAAGGCUGGAGAUGUAAAGACCAGUGCAGAGAAAACAAUCACUGAUAGGAAACGGGAGAGAAGGAAGAAGAAGGCUGUGAAGAGGCAGAAAAUAAAAGAAAGAGAAGAGAGGAAGAAGCUAGCUGACAAAAUAAGAGCAGAAGAAGGAAUGAAAAUGUAUAAUAAAGCGGCUGCUGCAGCUGAUCUUAAAAAACUGACCAAAGAGGGAAAGGCCACAGUAUUAAAGGUAAUAUAAUUUAUGCACCUGUUCACUAGUAGUAUUGGCAUAUGUAAAUAUCUGCAAUCAUUUACUUUAAUAAAAUUUGAACUAGUGCAAUUACUGAUCCAUUUCAUUUUCAACUUGAUCCUUCAAUUCGACAAAUAAGGCAAUUUUGUCCUG